CCUUGGACAGACAGGGACAGGCUGACAGAAAAGAACUAACACAGAGGGCCUCUCACCAUCCCAUCUCUCCACUGGACAUUUAUUUUCCUAAAUUAUAUUUCUAUUUAACGUUUGACUAUUUCGUAAAGUGAUCCCAUUGAGAUUACAAGCUCUUACCAAGGGGAGACCAGUUUGACACUCCCUCCUACUGUACCUGGAGAUCAAUGCUGUUUCUCAACUGUGAGUUUCUGUGGAACAUCAUCAUGGGAAGAAGCACUAUGAAGAACCACCAUGUCACUGUCCUGCUCACACUUCUGGCCUGUCUGGUUGUCUCAGGGUCCCGUCAUGAGCCAGGAUACUGUGCCUUCUACGACGAGUGUGGUAGAAACCCAUCGGUUGGGGGAUCCCUUAUUCCACCCAUCGUCCCCUGUCUCAACUAUAGCCCUGCUCGAGUCCUGGGGCCAGAGCACUACCAAGAACUCAAAAAGGUGUGUCCCAUGCUGGACCGUGGAGAAGGCCAGACCACAGCCUGCUGCUCUGUGAAACAGCUCAAGUCCCUCGAGAGGAGCCUGAUGAUGUCCAAGGCGUUGCUCAACCGUUGCCCCUCCUGCGCUGACAACUUUGGCCACUUCCACUGCAUCUCCACCUGCAGUCCAAACCAGUCCGUAACCAUCAAUGUGACGCGCACCGCGAACAUCACCAGUCAGGGCACGGUCAGGGAGGCCGUGGUGGCUUACCAGGCCUACUUGUCCACCUCGUUUGCCGACAAAGCCUUUGAUUCCUGCAAGAGUGUGAGGAUCCCCUCCACGGGGGGCCUCGCCAUCGGUACCAUGUGCGGACGCUACGGCUCGGCUCUGUGUACCCCUCAGCGCUGGUACGACUUCCAGGGGGACUCCAGCAAUGGCUUGGCCCCGCUGGACAUCGACUUCCGUCUGAUCCCAGAAGGGGUCACCGGGGCCGUGCCCGCCGGGAUAGUGCCAUACAACGGAACGGCAUUGGGGUGCAACGAGAAGACCCCGACCGGGGGGGAAGUUUGCUCGUGCCAGGACUGCCAGGCCUCGUGCCCGGUCUUGCCCCCGCCUCCAGCUCUACCAGCCCCCUUCACCAUCGGUGGGGUGGACGGCUACUUGGUGAUCUGUGCGACGCUGCUCGGUUUUCUCAUCCUAGCCUUCCUGCUUUUUCUGCUCUCCCCUUACAUCCUGAGAAAUAUAAUGGGCUUGUUCUCAAAGAAAAGGAAGGUGAAAGGAGAGGUUAACAACUGGAACGAUGAGACAGAGAGGCUGAUUCAUCCGUCGGAGGUGACGUGUAUAGACAGGAACAGCCUGGUUGCUCAGGAGUUCCUGGGCUCCUGGUUCCAGGCGUGGGGCACCUUAAUAGCCUCGCACCCCUUCAAGGUUUUGCUGGCAUCAGCUGUGGUCGUAGGGGCCUUCGCCACAGGACUGAUGUACAUUGAACUGACCACCGACCCAGUCCAGCUCUGGUCUGCUCCAGACAGCCGAGCCCGUAAGGAGAAAGACAUGCAUGACAAGUACUUUGAUCCCUUCUUUAGAACCAACCAGCUGAUCCUGACAGCGCCGGGCCGACCAAGUUACAUUUACGACUCGCUGAUUUUCGGGAAGCAGAACUUCAGUGGGAUUAUUUCCAAAGACCUGAUCCUGGAACUUCUGAAGCUACAGACAAGGAUUCAGAGCAUUGAGUUCUGGUCAGAUGACCUGAACCGUACGGCCAGUCUGAAGGACGUGUGCUUCGCCCCUCUCAAUCCUUCCAACCCCUCCCUGACAGACUGCGCUGUCAACAGCCUGCCCCAGUACUUCCAGAACAGUGUGGACAACAUCAACAAGAAGGUCAACAUGACAAAGCUGGGAGUCACCAAGGAAGUGGACUGGAAGGACCACUUCAUCUACUGCGUCAACUCUCCCCUGUCAUUCAAAGACAUCACUGACCUCAAGAUGAGCUGCAUGGCUGACUAUGGGGCACCAGUCUUUCCCUUCCUGGCAGUGGGAGGAUAUGAAAAUGAUAGCUACACCAAUGCAGAAGCUCUCAUCCUUACCUUCUCCCUCAACAACUACCCACGAGAAAAUGUUAAGUUUAACAUAGCCAUGGAGUGGGAGCAGAGGUUCCUGGACAUUCUCAAAGAGUACCAGAUGAGUCCAGGCAAUCCGUUCACCUUCGCAUACAUGGCUGAGAGGUCGCUGGAGGAUGAGAUUAACAGGACGACGGCGGAGGACAUCCCCAUCUUCAUGAUCAGCUAUGCUGUCAUCUUUGUGUACAUCUCUGUGGCUCUGGGGGAAUACACCUCCUUCAGUCGAAUACUGGUGGACUCCAAGUUCCUGGUGGGCCUGGGCGGUAUCCUUGUGGUGGGCUGCUCUGUCUUGGCCUCCAUGGGUUUCUACGCCUGGAUCGGCAUCCCGUCCUCUCUCAUCAUUCUCCAGGUCGUCCCCUUCCUUGUGCUAGCCGUAGGAGCUGACAACAUCUUCAUAUUUGUCCUGGAGUACCAGAGAGAUGCACGGAGGCCAAACGAGAAGAGGGAGGAGCAGAUUGGACGUGUCCUUGGAAAUGUAGCUCCCAGCAUGCUCCUGUGCUCUGUCUCCGAGUCGGUCUGCUUCUUCCUUGGGGCUCUGAGCACCAUGCCUGCAGUCAGGUCCUUUGCUCUGUACGCGGCCCUGGCUGUGGUCCUGGACUUUGUGCUCCAGAUGACUGCCUUCGUGGCACUGCUCUCCCUUGACUGCAAACGUCAGGACAGGAACCGCUGUGAGGUUGUCUGCUGCAUCACCGUCAAGACCCCUGCUCCCUCCAAACCCAACGAGGGCUUCCUGCUGCCCAUCAUGAGGAAAUACUACGCCCCCGUCCUCCUCCACCCAGUCACCCGGGUCAUAGUGAUGGUUGUGUUCAUCACCAUGUUGAUGUCUUCCAUUUACCUGAUGUUACACGUGACAGUGGGUCUAGAUCAGGAGCUGGCUAUGCCUAAGGGCUCCUAUAUGUUGGAAUAUUUCAAGUACCUGUACGCAUACUUUGAGGUGGGCGUUCCUACCUAUUUUGUCACAACAAAGGGCUUUGACUUCAGCAAAGUAAUGGGGAUGAAUGCAGUUUGCUCCAGUGUGGGCUGUGACCCCUUCUCUCUUACUCAGAAGAUCCAGUAUGCCAGUGAAUACCCUCAACGGUCCUACUUGGCUGUCCCAGCAAACUCGUGGGUGGAUGACUUCAUUGACUGGCUAAAUCCUGGAUCCGGAUGCUGCCGUCUGUACACUGAGGGUCCUGACGAAGGGAAAUUCUGUAAUGCAAGUGAAUCUUCAAAACGGUGUGGGAAAUGUAUGGAAAAGCCCGAUAACGGAGUGCUAAGGCCUAAUGUAACACAGUUCAACCGCUUCCUGCCAGACUUCUUGGGCAACAGGCCUGACCUGAAGUGCCCUAAGGGAGGUCUGGGAGCCUACGACAAGGCUGUGGUCCGAGAUGAGAAUGGAGAAAUCAUAGCCACCAGGUUCAUGGCAUACCACACGGCUUUGACCACCUCCAGGGAGUUCACGGCGGCGCUGAAAACAGCCAGAGAGCUGGCCCACAAUAUCACCCUCACGAUGCGAAAAAUAAAUGACACCCCGCCUGACUUUGAAGUCUUCCCCUACACGGUGACGUACGUGUUCUACGAGCAGUAUCUGACCAUCGUGUCUGAGGGAGUGUUUAUCAUCUCCCUGUGCCUGCUGCCGACCUUUGUGGUUUGUUGCCUGCUGCUGGGAAUGGACGUGCGUUCCGGCACCCUCAACCUCCUCACCAUCAUCAUGAUCACCGUGGAUACGGUGGGCGUCAUGACCCUGUGGGGCAUCGAUUACAACGCGGUAGCCCUGAUCAACCUGGUCACGGCAGUGGGCAUCUCUGUGGAGUUUGUGUCUCAUAUGACACGUUCUUUCGCCCUGAGCAUCCAGCCUACACACAUAGAGAGAGCCAAGGAGGCUACAGCUACCAUGGGCAGCGCGGUGUUCGCUGGAGUUGCCAUGACAAACCUGCCUGGCAUUGUGGUGUUGGCAUUUGCAAAAGCCCAGCUCAUCCAGAUCUUCUUCUUCCGUUUAAACCUGGUUAUUACUCUGCUGGGCCUGGCACAUGGUCUCAUAUUCCUCCCGGUGCUGUUAAGCUACUUUGGUCCUGGAAUAAAUAAAGCGGUGUUGCUACGGAUACAGCAGGCCAAAGGCCAGUUGAGGGAGCUGAGUAGCAACAGUUUGCCUGUCUACGACAACAUGACCUUUGAAAACCAGUAGAAGAACCUCAACCAGGACUCCACCCUGAUCACCCCUUCUGAACCCCUCACCUCUGGGAACCCCUCAAAUUUGCAACAGAAUACACAGCACACCUUCCUGAUGAAAUCACUGAUGAACAUUUGGAGAAAGCGGAAAGAGCGGACCAUAUGUGAGAACCACUACGCCUACCCAGGAAACAAACUGAUUUAAGUCAGUUUCCAGUUCAUCUACAUAUACCUCUGUAACUAUAGGAACAAAGCAAGGACAAUGUGGCCAAUCGGGGUCUUUCAGAUGUUAUUAUAUACAAUGAGUCAAAUGUUGUGAUUGGUUUUAAUCUCAUGAAAGGCGGGACUGAAAUGCCACAACAGACACAAAUGUGCAAUAUUAUCUACUAGAUAUGAGUAAGUGGAGAUGCAUAUUCCCAGUGCAGAAAUGAAAUAUACCCAUAGCUCGUUCUACAGAGGGAAGACAUACAUUACCGAUCAUUAUAAUGUAGAUCUUAAGCCUCUGAUCUCCAUAUUCUGUGUGACUGUUUCUGCCUUAGGUGGACAGAGGAAGAGAGAUGAUUUCUGUGUUGAAAAUGAAGUGGGCACAAAGUGGUUCCUAUAGUUAGAAAUGACAAAUAUUAUACUAUUGGAAUUGUUUUAUGUGUAUAUGUAUGUUUAUUUAAUUUAAAUAUGUUUAUAUGUCAUCUAUCGAUGCAGUUCUAGUGAUGGUAUUCACUGUUCCUGAACACUACAUGUGCCUGUAUACUAACAGAAAACACUCCAGUUUUUGGAUAGUCUUGAAAAGUAUUCUCUGUAUUAUUUUAGUGUAAUUUUUAUGUAUUCUACAAAACAUAUUUUGAAAUAAAUACUAGGCAUUUGUGUGUGUAAUUGCCUAAAACAACCUUGUUUCAGGCAACUCAGAAUUGAGUUGUCAAUCUCUAUAUUCCUGCACUACAGGCACAACAAUCUCUAUAUUCCUGCACUACAUCGAAUUAAGUAGACCGCCAUAUUCAAUUAGGAAUCUACAGACUGUGGUUGGUGCGAUUCCGAGAUCAGCUGAUUCGUUGCUGAGCCAAUACCCACUUGGGUUCCCUGGCUGAACUAGCUGUUUAUUAUUAAGUUAAAACACACUGUUGGUUGUAAUUAGAGGGCAUUUCCAUCCAUACUGGAUUAAAAAAAAAGAAAUUACAGCACUAUUUCUACAUUGU